ACAAUAAAUAAUCUUCUAAGUUUUUAGAAACAAAAUAAUGGUGUACACUGUACAGUGUACAAAGGAUAAAAAAUGUUGUACAUAAAUCAAAUUCUUCUGAUUCUAUUUUGGGUUUUCUGUAUAAAGAAAACCCAAGCACAAGGACUGUUCAAUGUGAAAAUCAAUCCAAACACAAAUAAUAUUCCCGUGUUCAGAUUCCAGGUAGAUGGAUAUACCUCAGAUACGUCCUGGGCAUUCUUUAAUGGAACUAUUCCAGCUGAUCUCAUCUCCUUCACGUUCUGUCACAGAUUCCAAAUUCUGUUUACCCGACCCCGGAUGUAUUUGUUCACCUACGCUUUUGGGAAUAAAGAUGCUAACGAACUUUAUUCAGAAUAUCAUCUUGGACGAUCAGCUUUCCGUGGUUGUAAACGGAAUACCAAAUAUUGUGCUUGGCAUAAUGAUAUGCCAGACUUCUAUCAGUGGAGGCAUAUUUGUUUGGCGUAUGAUGGAUACAAGGAUCUCUAUAAGCUGUUUGUAGAUGGUAUCAAGAUUACUAGUGGUUCAUGGACCGGAGAUAAAUCUCUAGAACCUGUCAGGAAAGGGGGCAAGCUGUUUCUUGGACAAGAUCAGGAUACAUUGGGAGGAGGUUUUCAACCCAGACAAUCCUGGUCAGGAGCUAUAACACAGUUUAACAUCUGGGAUGUAGCACUGGAGGAUUAUUUUGUAGAAAAUGCUGCCGAAUGCAGAUCUGAUUUACUUGGAAAUGUACAAGAGUGGAAUAGAGAAGUAUGGAUCACAAGUAAUAUUGAAGUAAGCUCUGUUCCUCUGUUUGAACUAUGUGGUAAACCUGAAAAUAUUAAUGAUCAAUAUUUUCUUUUCCCUCUUCUUUAUGAUUACUGGUUUUACAAGGACUGGUGCUAUAACCAAGGUGGAUUUCUUGCAGUUCCGAAUACAACAGAAAAAUAUCAUGAGAUGAUGGAUAUUGCCUCUGAAAUAAUGAAACCUGAUAUCCAUGAGAAAUGUUUACAUGCCAGCGGCAGUUUAAUAAUAUGGGCAGGUCCUACGGAUUAUAUGGAGGAAGAUAUGUGGACAAACCCAUAUACAAAGAAGAAAGUUGAUGCAUCCUUCUGGGAGGUGGGUCAGCCUAACGGAGGUGAAGGAGAGAACUGUGUUCGAACAUACGUAGACCGGAAAUGGAAUGAUGAGCCAUGUGAUCAACUGAACUGCGCACUAUGCCACUUUCCUGUGCGCAUGAAUCUAUCUAUGCGGGGACUGUGUAUCUCAGAAACAAAGUUGAUGGAAGGAUACUUUGAUCAGUAUUACUUCCUUCAAGGAUUCCUCAACAAUAAACCCCACUGGAGAGGAUUCGGGAAAUCUCAUAUAUACUUCAUACCCCGAACCUACAGCUGGCGAAUAGAGAGUUACUAUGAUACUGAAAAGUAUGCAGAGUUUGCUGCUUCAGAUGAGGACCCGUACCAAUACUUCCCUACAGGUAGAUCUGACUGGGUUAUAAAUGAGGGUAUCUGUGCUAUGAAAAAAGGAACUGAAUAUAAGAUGACACUGACAAAUUGUAUGUACAAUGACGGAAGUGGGUAUGAUUUCACAUGUACUGAUGGUACAUGUGUCAACAUGGAUAAAAGGUGCAACCUAGUAGCUGACUGUCCAGAUGGUUCAGAUGAGAAGGAUUGUGAUAUUCUUGAGAUCCCUCAAGAUUAUAGAAGUGAACUUUUUCCUCUCACAGAGGACGGGUCUCCUCUAGUUGUGAAGAUGAACGUGACCAUCCUGUCGUUCCCUGACAUCAGCACCUUACAGCUCUCAUAUAUGGCUGACUUUGUCCUUCUUAUGACUUGGUCAGAUCCUAGGUUGGAGUUUUUGAACCUUGUAGAUUCUACAGAUUUGAACAGUUUAUCCUUAAGAUUACAACAGGCCAUAUGGGUACCAAAGCUAAAUUUUCCAAAUGCAAGACAAGCUGAAGGAACCACUGUGGACGCAUUAUCAUCAACAAAAAUAUUAAAGAAAGGUGUUCCAAUUCCAGAUAAUACUCAACUAGCUGUAGAAGCUAGAAUUUACAGAGGGGUUGAUUCUCCUAUAAUUAUGAAAAGAGAAUACUUGAUCAGCUUCACAUGUGAUUUUGAUCUUCAUAUGUAUCCUUUUGAUACACAAAUAUGUCAGAUAAUAAUGGAGGUGAACGGGGUGCCCAAUAAAUACUUGAAGCUGGAAGUAGAAAUACCAGAGGGUUGUGCGGAUUGUGAUGGGGCAGAAUAUACAGGAAACAAGUUAAUGGUUGAAUAUGUAGUUGGAGACACAAUAAUGGAUCCAAAAACUAAUCAGACGGAUAAGUUUGGAAAGGUGGAAGUGAAUAUAGUUUUUAAAAGAAGAUGGAUUUAUCAUUUAAUCACAGUAUUUCUCCAGUCCAUUCUUCUUAUUGGAAUUGCAUUUCUUACUUUCUUCUUCAAAAUUUCAAACUUUCAGGAUCGCAUGAUGAUUUCUAUCACUACAAUGAUGAUCGUUGCAACAAUACAAUCUUCUAUCGACAAGAUGGUUCCUAAAACAUCAUAUUUAAAGAUGAUAGAUGUCUGGCUUCUGUACUCCUUUAAUAUUAUUAUUGUAAUUAUGGGAAUCCAUACCUUCAUGGAUACAUUUAUUAAACGACAUCCAGUCUCAUUCAGUCCGAUAAAUCCUCGGUAUCACAAGAAGAAGUUUACUGAUGUGGAGCCCGAUAUAUUCACUGUAUCAGACAACAUUAAUCUAUGGGGGAGAAAUCCGGGCUGGGACCCAGGCUUCAUCCGGGCUUACACACUUAAUUAUUUAGGACAGGUAAUCCGGGGACAAACGCUUAAUUAUUUAGAACAGAUGUUUAAUAUUGCAGUUUUUCUUCUCUUCAAUUUAAUAUUUUGGGGAUUUGCUCUUUCUCACUACUAUAGUCAAGUAAACCUGGAGAAGGCAGAAGAAAAGAAUUAAAUUUUCAUGUUUUUAUUCAAUUCGAAAAAAUGGCCUUUACAUUGUAUUAACCACGGAUAAAUAUUUAAAUAUAAGUAUUGAAAAUGAA